AGUUGAUCUUGGUAUUUUUGUAAUCGAUUCUCCAGGCUCUAUACAGCUGUAGUAUUGUUAUAUUUUUAAAAAAUGUUUUGAAAUUUUCAUCAAAGUACCUAGGCAUAGGGAUCGAUUUAGGGUUCAGGUUAGGCGUAGGGAUCGAUUUAGGGAUUCAUUCGUGAAAUUCGAUAAAAAUGUGGCAUUCGUCGUUAAAAUUUACAGAAGUGUGGUUUUACUUCUUUUGGUUAGUAUUAGGACUUUUAGAUAAAAAUACUAUACUAUAAAAGUAUUAAAAGUGAAUCAAUAAAAAAACUUGAAUGUUGGCUCUACUUCUUAGACUUCUACUAGUAAAGUCUAAAGUACUAGACUCUACUACUAAGCCCUGUGUUGCCAUAUCUAGCUCAGUUGGGACCUCGUCAGGAUGUGGUUGUUGAAAAAUGAAGAAGUAAAAAUGUAUUUAAUAUAAUUACUUUUUAUUUAGAGUAACGGUGACGGUCCCGACAUAUCGUGACCGAUGGCACCUCUACUUAACUUGUUAAUAGUUAAGCCACUUAGUUAAAGUUAGUUUAGUCUUACUUGUCAUAGUCAUAGCCAUAUGAUCAUGCCUAUAAUCUAUAACUAUUACUAUAGACUAUAUAAUAUUAUAUUAAUUUCAGCCAAAAAUUGUAAUAACUGAAAAUAAUUUGUCCUGUCAGUACAGAGAAUACCACUGAUAUCACAUAAUGAACUUUUUAAAAAAGGGGCUAAAGCUAAGAGUAAGAGUCAAGAUUAUAUAUCACCAUGAAGUCAUUUGCGUGUCUAUUUAAUUAUUUAAGUUGCCGUGAAUUAGGGUUCAGGGUUAGGUUUAGGGAUACAUUUAGGGUUCAGGUUAGGUUUAGGGGUACAUUUACUUAAAUUUAGUGACAGAAUUAACUGGUCUUGUCAACCAAGUUGGCGGCCAUGGGCAGGGAUAUCUCUUUGCAUUUACCAAAAAGGUUAUAAUUUAACAACUUAACUUAAAAUUUCAAGGCCUAUUUUGAAACAAAAAUUUCUUGAGUGAAUUGAGUUUGAGUGAUGCAUCGUUUCGUAGGUCAAAAGUCCAUUGCCAAUGGGCCUAUAAAAUGGAUCUCACUUCAAUCAAAGUUUUUAUACUGCAGACUCGUAGAUACUGUUAAGUGGCUGGCCACAUCAACAGUCAUUUUUGAAGUUUCCAUGAAAUUACGCACUUAACUCCACAGCCCCUUUUUUUACAAUUACUUAGUGCUUAUUUUGAGUACAGAGUAUUGCCUACAGUUUAGAGGCUUCCCAGUAAACAGAAAUUACUUAGUGACUAAUUUAUAAACAAAAUAAUAUUUAAUAUAAUAUUAGUAGUUAACUUAACCCUCUUGGGACUUAAGGGCCGAUCUAUCAGCCCAAGGUUGACUAGCGAGAAAGACGUAAGUCCGAGCCGUCGGCCAGAUAAAUCGAGCUUCACGAUUGGCUGGCUUGGCGUUGUACCAGGCAAUCAAAAUUAUUCUUACGUAUUCCUGCACAUCCCGGCAUUGUAAUGGCGGCGUUCGUUGAUGGUGAACUCAAUUUAUUUUUGUGCAGGAAUUUUUGUGUGUGUGUGUGUGUAGUUACAUCGUGAAAUUCGAACAUGUCGGACAGUGACUCUGAUCAAACUGUGCUUUGUGAUUUUGAUAUUCUAGCAGUGAAACUGAUGAAAACAACCAGGAAAUUAAUGAAGACUUUCAAAUUGAAGUUAAUGCUAAUGUUGUGAACUCUUGCUUUUGUAUUACUAGUAUAAGGGGUUCUCAACUGGAAAGGGAUGACCCCUCUGAAUUUUUAGACAACAUAGGUCCUAUAAAUAAGGCAUAAGCACACCAUUUGAGUACUUAAAGCUUUUUUUUACACUAAAUAUCACUAAAAUGUUUAUGAGGGAGACCAAUAGAUAUGCAGACAACUUUCUCAGUAACAUUCAGCUUAAGAGAAGGUCCCUAGGUCAUAAUAAGUGUGUCUGUAACAACUGAAAAAUAGGGUGGGGGGUGGAAGAGGAGUAGAAUUAUGUGCCAGAUGUAUCUGAAGGGCCUCUAUGGGCCUUGUUUCCCAAAAACAUAAGUGUUAGGACUUAUUCAGGCUUCAUCCAUCAAAAAAUUCACACAAUUAAUACAAGUAAGCCAUGUUUAUUCUAGGUUUAACAAAAAAUUACACGCAUAAAUUAUGCAAAUCAGGGCAGCUAAUUUGCAUAAAUGGUGAUAUUUCAGUUUGAUUUAUAAAGAUUGUAUUAGUCCAUUCAAUUUCCUACAAGAAUAUAUAUAGUUUUACAUAUAUUAAGGAAAUAGUUUAUUUUUUAUAAAUUUUUUUGCAAUGCGAGUGCCGAGCUCGUAAAAAGUGCUCCGUCUUUUUGGCACAUACACCCGGAAAAGGCUCCGUCCUAAGAGGGUUAAGUUUAAGUGCAUUAUUCAAAGUAGCUAAAAAAAUAUAUUUUGUUUAAUUUUAUUGCUCAAUAGACAACAUUAAACAGCUAUUUUAAUUAUUAAAAUUUGUAAGGAUUGCUAAAUUACUCUUGUGUGCAGAUUUAAAAUCUAUGUUUUCAUGUGUAUUCACUCAUCAAAAAAAAAAUUGCUUGUAAUCUUAAGUGCAGAGUUUCGCGAACCCUCUGAAUAAUGGAUAUAACAUUCUUUUUUACAGUUCUAAAUAAUGUAAAUGUUUUAAAUGUGUAUAUUUGUAUAGUUCUUCUCCUUCAAACUAAAAUAACUAAAAUAUUGGAGGGAAUCUUAAAACAUUGUUGAUAAACUAACCACAAACUCCAACUAAUUCACUGUCUACUAUUAUAGUAGUGCAUCAGCAAAGUUUUAUCAUUUAUACGCUAAGUUACAAAAUCAUGAACUAAUUAAAAGUUCCUUCAUACUUAAUGCCACAGAUACCAUAAUCCAGUUUUAUCAAAGUUGUACUUAAUGUCCUAAAAGCUGUAAACCAGUGCUUCUCAAAAUUUGGGUCCUCUGACUGGCACAUAUCCACACACCUUUCAGUGCCUGGAUUCCGAAAAGAUUUUUGAAAAUUUAAGAAGAUGAAAUAUAAUACUAAUCAAAAUAUAUACCACAGUUCCCUGCUGCAAUGUAGAUAUGUUACUGCAGGUCCCGCACACUGAAAACUUUGUGUCAGUUAUAUUUUGUUUAAAUAACAUACAUUUGUUAUUUAGAAGGUUUUCAUAUUUUUUAUCAGUGGAAAUAAUUUUCUAAUCCUUUUAAAUGGAAACUUAAUAAAAAUUCAAUUAAUUAAUUUUUUUCUUCGUCCUAUUUCAGUAUUUUGUUUCCAAUGUAAGCAAGUCUUCCACAUGUUUUAUUUCUGAAAAUGCCCAAUGAUAAUAGAAUUAGGAGGCAAACAGAGGGACAUAACUGGCUAUCUAUAUUGUGGAUACCCAUCAUUUUCAGCUCAGCAACUUUUGGACUCUAUCUCUUGUCAAUGGGCUUCAACUAUGAAGAGGAUGGUGAAAGGUAAAGUUAAUGUUUGGUCCUGUUAAAUUAAACAAUUUUUUUAUCCAGAUUUAUUCUUGCAAUACACAGGCUGAGUUAAUUUUCUCUAAAUUUUAAUGUCUAUUGUAAAAUGUAAAUAUCAAAUAAUUAAUUGAAAUAUUUCUUACUAGUGCUUAACCUUGUGCAGUUUUUAUAAACCAGGUCAAAGUAUUUUGAGAAAAUACCCAAUGGGUCCCAGUGUUAAAAAAAAAAAGAAUUAAUUUCUCAUUUUCUAUAAUAUGCAACAAAAUCUACUGCCCUAUGUUGUAUUGAGAGUGCAUUGCCUUUGUCAACCGUUUGUGUAAAAAAAAUAACCUACUGAUAGUAACAGGCAGUCAGUCACCUGAUCCCAGCAUGUCCAAAAACCUGUCAACAGAGAAGAUACUCUCGUUCAUUUUAUAAAAAAAGACUUACGAAACCACAGUCACAGUAUAUAGAAAAUAGCAUCCUAUUUACUGGAGUUCAGGUGUUACGCAUGAAGCUCACUGUAUGACAGAGGAAAACGAAAAAUUACAACACAGAAUAAUAGUCACCUCCCCUAAAGAAAAGAAAUCAACCUAUUUACUGGAGUUCAGAUGUCACAAAUUAAGGUCGCUUUUUUUUCCCCAUUCAGUACGAUUAAUACAUAAAAUGUGGAGGGGGAUUUGUGGGGGAGGGGGGGGUUAAAGAGGAAGCAGGACCUACCAGAAGCUAAGUAUAUAUAAAGAUAUUUAUUAAAGCCAUAUGUUAAUUUAAAUAUUUAAUUUGAAAUUACUGAUUCAAAGUUUGCUGCAUGUUUUUCUCAUCAGUUUUCAACCGAAUUUCCCUACAAGCAUUGAAGAUAUCUCAGAAAUGUCAAAGUUUCUCAUUCUCAUGAAAACCCAUCAUCUUGGUUACCUGUUGUUGGUUUUUUGUGCCGGUUAUAUUUACAAACAGACCUUUGCCAUACCUGGGUCAGUUUUCCUGGUAAGUUGUGAUUUUUUCCUUUUGUUAGCAAGGUUUGAGUAAAUUGCAUAAAGCUGAUGACUAAGUUCUGUUGUCUUAAAACAGAACAGUUUCAUCCAUUGUCAUGACAUUAAGUUACUUCAUCAGAAAUCAUCCCUUUUUUUUUUUCACACAUAGACUAUAGAUAUCACAAUGUAGCAAGACUAAUCCUUAGAAAUUUUAUUGUAAUAAUUUAUUAUAUACCAGAACUGUUAUUGUAUACAGCGGUGGUUCACAGUAGGUGGAUGUGCUGGGGUACAGUAGUAUGCCUUGAGAUAUGCUUUGUGUGCCACAAAACUUCUGAGACUUUGUGAUGCUGCUGGUAACAGAAAUUAAAAUAACUACCAAUUCAUAUGAAAGUGUAUCAUGGGAGGUCACUAUAAAUGAUAGUAUUGAUAGUGUGGCAUGAAAUUUUUGUCUUGAGAACCCACUGUUCUACAAAAUUUACAAUGUCUUCAUAAGGUUUCCCUCAUUAUUUCAGAAUCUGUUGGCUGGUGCACUGUUUGGCCCUUUCUAUGGUUUCCCUCUAGUGUGUUGCCUGACAGCCAGUGGGGCAACACUGUGUUAUCUUUUAUCAAAAAAUUUUGGCAAACCUUUCAUUAUGAAAUAUUUCCCAGAUAAAAUGAUGCUGUUCCAGGACAAGGUAACUAUUUUAAAAUAUCAGUUUGGAAUAUUUGAAUUAAUAAAAUUACUGGUUAAAUUGACAACAAAUAUUAAUGGGUACAUGGUCACAAAACGAUUACUGGGUACUUGGUCACAAAAAUAUUACUGCAAAACAUUAAUGGCCAAAAGACAAUAACAGUUAACAUUACAUGGUACAAUAUGAAAAGUGAGCUGAAGCUGACUUUAAAUGGUUUAAUACAGCUAAAGGGAUACAGCUAGUCUUGAAUGGCUCAUUAUGACGUGGUACAGCUUACAUACACCACAUUGUACCUCAUGACUUGUGGUGGUAGUGCACAGUGCUUUGAUUUUGUAAAUUGCUUAUCAGUGAUGUGUUGCUCUUGUCUUUUUAUUUAGGUCCAACAGAAUAAAGAUGGACUUUUCUUUUUUCUUUUGUUCCUUCGCCUCUUCCCAAUGUCGCCCAGUUGGUUCAUGAACAUGGUGGCCCCGAUUGUGGGGAUCCCAAUACACUUAUUUUUCUUAUCAGUUUUAAUAGGUAAGAUGAUUUCAUUAAUAUAUACUUUUAAAAUUGAGAAAAAAAAUUAAAUGCCAAAUUUGCUAAUGUACUUAAUCUAUAAUAUCCCCAUUUAUGGCUUAAAAAUUGUAUCUCAAAAAAAGUAUAUAUUUUCUCAUCCUGGUGUGUAAGUGCCAAAAGUAAAAUUAUGAUGUCGAUUCCAUUCUAAACUGAACAAAUACAUCAAAAUCAAUUAUUUUACUUUGUUCAUGAGCCUUUAAAUAGUGUCCAACCACAGAAUUACCAAGUGUGAGCCUUGGCAUUCAGAGUGUGUCCACAAAGGGAAAUAAUGCUGAAUUUGUUGUUCUUUCCAUUUGCAUGUCACUUUCUAUGUUGUCAGAAUUACAUUUCUGAUUAAAUCUUGCCAAUGUUUAAGUCCAAGUUUGAUUUUUAAAGAGGCAAAAAAAGUAGAUCCCUUUUAUCUAUGAUUUUUAAAAGAAAUCAUUAACAAAUUAUUUUUUUUUAAAUGACCAUCACAUUAAAAUUAAGUUUUUCAAAAUAAAGUUUUAAAAAACAAAAAUUUCAUUUAUUUGUCAUUUUUUAAUUUGUUAAUACUAGUUACCAAUGUAAUUGAUAUAAUUAGAAUCAUAGUUGUUAAUCAGAGAUGUGUUUUAUUAUAAAAUUCACGUUAUCCCACCUAGACGUAACAUUUCUGUAGUUGUGUUGUGUUCAUCCAUAACAAUAACUUGCCUGCUUGCUUUUCUGUUUUUUUUCCAGGUCUGAUGCCCUACAAUUUCAUAUGUGUACAGACAGGGAGUGUGCUGUCUCAAAUUACAUCUGUCAGUGACAUUUUCACAGUUUGGACCCUGCUCAAAAUGUUGAUGGUGGCCCUGGCAGCACUCUUGCCUGGCAUUGGUAUCAAAUGGUUCCAUUUUAAAACAGAUUAGUGUAGAGAUCAAAGGCUUCUUAUGACUGACUUUAAUAUGGCAAUAUCAGGAUUUGUGUUCACAAAUUCCUCACAUUUCAGGAAUCAGCUCCAGAUUUACAUAAUUUUAAAGUUUUAUAACAUUUUUUAAGUCUUUUUUUUUUCCUUACACUUUUUGUGUGACAUCUCUCUUUAUAUAUUUUGCAUGCCAACACAAAUAAUGUAGACUGGAAAGUUAUCCCAACUGCAAGUUGAGUGCUGUUUUCUUUCUUGAGGUUUUUAAAUCGGGUUUUAAAUCCUACACUAGAAUAGCUGCCUUGCUGUCCAGUCCAUUUUAUCUGGCUUUUUUCAAUAGCUGGGGAUGACCCUUGAGGGUUUGAGGUCAUGAGACUGAUAUGCCACCAUUGUGCUGUGGGCUGCCAAAAUAUGUCUAUGAGAAAUGUUGAAAUAAAAUGUAUGUUGAUCCAUGGACUGAAGAAAUUUGAUUCAAAUUUCUUAUCUAAUUCACAACCUAUUUCGCAAGUAUUGGAUUUAUAAAACAGUGGAUUUCCCUAUACUGCAACAUAACAAAUUAGCAUGGCUAAUUUUUUUUUAAGGAAAUCACUACAUAGGUUUUCAAAGCUGAAGAUAAACCGGAAUAUUUGAACUAUAUCAAACAUAUUUCAUAUCAAAUAGAAACAAUGCAAUAUGGGAGAUAAUUCAACUCAUGUUGAUGAAAGAUUACCAUAAUGAUUGAGAGAAUGAAUGCUUAAAAAUAUGUAGGAAUAUUUUUGAAUUUUUUUACUUCUAUACACAGAGCAUCAAUUUUUUUGUUAUUUGUACUAAUGUAUAUCGCAUUACAGUACACAGAAUUGUUUGUAAAUUAUUCAAAGCUUGAUAUAAAUCUUUUAUAAAUAGAUUCAUAAUUAAUUUUUUAAUUGUCUGCAAUCUUGUCAAUGCCCUUUAAGGAGUAAAUACUGUUGGAAUGUCAUUUGUUUGUGUUUGCUGAAUAAUUUCACUUUUUAAAAAUUCUGUGAUAUUGUUGUUUAGGCCUAAUACAAAAUGGCAGACUUUAGGAGUCCUAAUAACAUCUUAUUUCUUUUUAUAGAUACGACAGUGAAACUUGAAUUUUUCUGUUCUUUAAAUGAAUGAAUGCUGCCCUUAAGAGCAAGUUUCUAUAAAAACAUUGAAUAAAUUAGUUGAUUAUAAUUUUUUAUUUCAUGUUAUUUCUAAAAUUUAUAGCAGCAGAAGUAAAACGUGUCGUGUGCAUAUUCUCUCUCCUCAAAAAUUUUCUAAAUAGAUAUAUUUUUUUAUAAAUAUGGGUCUUUGCUCACAAAAAUGUUGCCUAACCCUGAUCUCUGCCAUUUCAGUGUCCUGUAAUAUCACCAUGUUGAGAAGAUGUACACUUUCUUUAACUCAUCACAUGUCUUAUCACAACUGGUCAAUGCAACCGCACCAAAUAGGAUAUGAUUUGCAUUAGUUUAUAAAGAAGAAUCCUUUGGAGUUUUGAGGUUUUUGUCAGAAAUUUUUUUAAUUGUGUUUACUUUCUUAUUCUUUGCUUUAAUUGAUGAAAUUUUGCAUUUCUCAAGGGAUGCUCCACACAUAAGCUGUUGGAUCAGGUAAUUUUAUUUAAAAGGAAAACUUAUUGGACAUCCUUUAUAAAACCAUUUAGCUUUGAUGUCUCUUGAACAUUUGUUUUGUGAAAUUAUCAGAUGUUUAACCUUCUAUGGUGCCAAAAAUGGGACAGCAAAAAAAAAAAAACUGUUUAAUAUUACUUUUUAUUUUUGUUUAUUAACACACCUAAUCAUUACAUUAUUACCGUAUGACAUAUGAUUGUUCUUAUACAACUUAAAUUUUGUAUCAUUCUUUAAUUAAUAUGUUUUGGAUCAUAAUUGAUUGUUUGUGGGAGGGUAUAAAAAAUAAAAUUUGUCAGGUUUUUUUUUAAAAGUUAAAAGCAUUUUAAAACAAAAAUACUGCAUUAUUAUUAUAUAUUAUUAUAUUUCAAUGAAAAAAUGUUUCACAAAAAUUGUAUCGUUUUAAAAUUAACUUAUUUAAUAUGAAAAUAUUCCAAAAAGCAAUAUAAAAAUGUAAAAUAUUCAAAUAAACACACUUGAAAACUUUAACAAUGAUUUUUAAUCCGGUUAUUAAAUUUCAGCCCAGUAGCAAAAAGUAAUUAUUUAGUCAUUCCUUGUAACAAACAUUUCUUUUCAUAAGAUUGGCAGUUUACAACAUGGCCUUGACAUUGUAUCUCAAGUGGAAAAAUAAUUUAACUGGCACAUUACUAAAUAAAAAAUGUAACAUUACUAAGUAAAAAUUGUAUUCAUUUUGAAACUUUGAUUCUGUAAAAGCUGUUGUACGGGUCAACGAUAUACCUUCAUACUUUCGACUUCAUACAAACUUGAAGGUAAAUCUAUCAAUGUUCCUGAUUCAAUAAUAAAUGUAUAUACUGUUACAAUUGCUUUUCAUAUAUCAUAUCUUCUCAGAAAUUUUGAGCAAGACUGGAAAGGGAUUCUAUCAGGGAUUCUAAUGUUUGUAGGCACUAAGGUCACCUGAUUUAUAUAAAUUAAAUUAAUUUAGCACAAGUUUAAUGUAAUGGAAAAAAAAAAGCAUGCACCAAACGGGUAAAUGUUACUAACAUAAAAUCUCUAUACCAGUAUAACAUCUUUCUAUACCAACGUCACAUACCUCUACACCAACAUAACAGGUUUAAACCAACAUUAUGUUAUUCACAUCUUUCUACGUCAGCAGAAGCUAUCUAUACUCAAACAACAUCUUUAUACCAAUAUAAAUAUUUUCACCAACAUAACAUCAGACAGAAACUAUUGGAAGCAGAAAUACAAAAAUAAUUAACUUAAUGAGUUUAGUUCCAUGAAAAAUACAGCCUUUAAAUUAGUUUAAAAUGUUUUAAUAGGAUU